GGACGGGAGCAGUGCAGGCGCGGGUGGCCGUUUAUAAACGGCCUCCGCAUUCACUGCCUGUGCGGGCUCCCUGGGAGCGCGGGCACUGAGAUCCGGUGCCUGCUGUGUCCUCCGGACACAGUGAAACACCGAUGUCGGAUGGGACCUCACACGAGGUCCCGAUCAUGUGAUCACAUUGGCGAAUCAGUGAUCAAGCAAAUAGUAAGCAAGAUGUCACUUGUGCCAUCAUUGCUUACUACGUGUGAAAUCUGUGAAUGAUCACAGAGGUCACAUGGUACAAGGCUAU